AUGUCGGCGGCGGGAACGGGGGUGGAGGCGGGCUUCUCCAGCGAGGAGCUGCUGUCGCUCCGCUUUCCGCUGCACCGCGCCUGCCGCGACGGGGACCUGGCCGCUCUCUGCCUGCUGCUCCAGCAGACGCCCUGCGCCCACCUGGCCGCCGAGGACUCCUUCUAUGGCUGGACGCCCGUGCACUGGGCCGCACACUUCGGCAAGUUGGAGUGCUUAAUAGAGCUGGUGAGAGCUGGAGCUACUCUCAAUGUCUCCACUACUCGGUAUGCGCAGACACCAGCCCAUAUUGCUGCUUUUGGAGGACAUCCUCAGUGCCUAAUCUGGCUGAUUCAAGCAGGCGCCAACAUUAACGAACAGGAUUGUGAGGGUGAAACUCCUAUACAUAAGGCGGCUCGAUCUGGUAGCCUAGAUUGCAUAAGUGCCCUUGUGGCAAACGGAGCUUACAUACACCUGAGAAAUGCCAGUGGCCUGACAGCAGCAGACAUUGCACAAACCCAGGGUUUUCAAGAAUGUACCCAGUUUCUCUUGAACCUCCAGAAUUGUCAUCGGAACGGUUUCUAUAACAAUGGCACCUUAAAUGGGGUUCAUCAGAAUAUAUUCCCCAAUCAUAUUAGUACGAGAACAAAUCGAAAGAGAUCGUUUGAAGAUUCGGAAUCCAUUGGCAUAAAGAAAGCUAGAAUGGAAGCUCAAAGCUUGGAUUAUUCCAUGUCACUAGUGAACAGCGAAGCAGAAGAUGACGCUGACAAAAUGCACAUUGAUAGAGAAUUUGCUGUUGUAACAGAUAUGAAAAACAGUAGCUCCGUAUCGAAUACUUUGACAAAUGGAUGUGUCAUCAAUGGACAUUUGGACUUCCUCUCCACGACACAGCUCAAUGGGAUGGAAAAGAGGAAUGACCAGUGCUUAACAGGAUCUAAUGGAAUUAGCAAUGGACUAAUUCCAGGACUGCCAUUUAUGAGUAGCCAGAGCUCUCACUGCGUUAAUAGCAUUGAGGAGCCAGAAAGGACAAUGAAUGUUAACUCUGAUAUGUGUGGUUCUCUGCACCUGAAUGGGAGUCCAAGUAGCUGUGUAGCUAAUAGACCUUCAUGGGUGGAUGAUAUUGGGGAGAAUUUGCAGUAUGGACAUUACCAUGGGUUUGGGGAUACUGCUGAAAGCAUCCCUGAACUUCUUAAUAGUGUUGUAGAGCAUUCCAUUUCUGUUAAAGUAGAAGAAAGAUACGACAAUGCUGUCUUGGGUACAAUGCACCUUUAUCAUGGCUCUUAA